AUGGAUACCACCAAGAAGGAAGGGAUGAUGCAGACCCUCGCGCGCGCCUCACCGCUCGCGCCCUACCUCUUCAAACCAGACAAAAAUCCGCCAAAGGUGUCGAUCCGCGCAAUCAUCUUUUGGGGCAUCAUCGUGUACGCGCUCCAGGCCUUCCUUGUGGUCUGCAUUGCCGCCAUCUCGCUCAAUGACAAGAUUCAGGAGACCGCAAUCUUCAAGUCGCCAGCAGACGCGCCUGUCUCAGCGAGGGGCGCCUGGAACUGCACGCCGCUCAGCUCGUGGGACACCCGCGCCUUGUGGCCUGGGUCCGGGGCGGCAAAGACGUACGAGGGGGCAGGCGGGGCGUUCAGCGCCGUGGGGGAGGCCGCAAUGUCGGCAUCGGAGUGCAAAGCCAAGGUCAAGGAGGCUGCCUUCUGCACGACCUUUGCGGAGGGGUACGUCGGGCCAACGGGCAAGUGCUGCAUUUGGGGCAAUUGCGUCAACGGCGAUACCGAGCUGCCACCCUGUGGUGGGCUCAUCGAGCAGGACGACGGGUUCGGCGGGUACUGCGAUUUGGAGUAUUUUAAUACCGAUCCAGCAUUUACCAAUUGCUUCUCGUUCAACUUUGCAACUGAAUGUCCCGGAAAGGCGCCCCCAAUCUGCAACCUCCCAUCUCCUCCAGCAAAUACAGGCUGGAAGAACCCGAUGAUGGGCUAUCAGAAGAGCACUGCCGUCCUCGACUUGGCCAAGCUCGAGACCAAACUUCUCGACAUGGGCACUCCCGUUCCAGUCAACGACCCAGACGGAUGGCAGAGGCGCCGCUACGACCCGCGCGCCUCACCGAGCCGGCGGUGGCGAUCCAUCUGGCAGCUUGCCAUCGCAAACAUGUGCAACCAUCUCUCCCCCGAAGCGCAACGACUGUCACUGGCCCAGUUCACGCCCUUCUGCCUCGGCUCCUCGCUGCUCAUGCAGUCCGCGCUCGCGCCGGCGGUGACAAUCGCCAACCUACUCAACACUUCGAUGGAGUGGGGCAACAUCCGGUACGAGUGCCGCUGGGGGAGGGUGGUCGAGGUUCAGCACCCGCACUCGAGCCCCGUCCGCGUGUCACAGUCGCUGACCUGA